AUGUAUCAUAAUGUCCGCACCCUUAUUUUCCUUUUUUGUGAAUUUUUAAAAUAUUAUAUACUCAUCAUUUAA